GAUUUAGUAGAGGAGGCGGGUGAUCCCACCUUUCCUGCUUAAUAUUCCCAUGGAACCCUCAGCUUCGUGUCAGGAUUAGACACCCGUCUCGCUUGAGUACGCCCACCCACCUACAUAUCCCUCUUCGCUUCGCACUGCCGUCGCGUUUAUUAUGAAAAGGAAGAUGGCAGAAGACGACCUCGAUGUCUUGUUUGAAGAGACAUUAACGCUAUGCGAAACACCUCCCGUUCCGCGACGCCAUCCCAACCGCGUCGUAAAACAGUACAACAAAUCGCUCCCCACAGCGCCAGCACACAAGUCCGAGAUGGAGAUGAAAGGACCGGCCAUGUUCCACUUUGGAGGACAGACUGAACUGUCCCCCAAGCCGCUCUUCAACAGAAGCAACUCGUUGCCCUCGAAAUCAACACGGCCAUCGCUACCGUCUCGCCCAUCCGAACCCUUCCAAUUCAACCCCGACGACAUUGUCAAGAGCCCGACACCGUUAUUUGGCAGGAGGAACACGCUCCCAUCCAAAGUGCGCCGUGCUGUCGCCGCCGAAAGAAAGCCAUCACCGCUCUCGCGCAGAGAGGACGCGCCACCCUCCGCACCGACCCACACCACCCCCAAGGAACCCACGUCACCAGCGCUGGCACGAAAGGAUCCCAACACCAAGACCACUCCUAACCCCAAAAGCAACUCCAGCAAGGCGCCCUUUGCAACUCCACAAAGGUACCCAGGUGUUCGUGUUGUCGACAUCAAAAGACCAUCGCCCCUUUCUGGCAAGGGCAGUGUGCGACGACCCGGUCCUACCCGCUUCACUCCUGCGGACCCCGUAUCGCCGAUAGUCCUGUCACCUGUCAUCUCCAACAGCAACAGCUCAGUAGCUUCGUCGCCAUCGCCGUCUGUCUUCUCCGACUCGGCCUCUUUCUGUGCAUCGAGCCCCUCAACACCCGCCACGUCACCACCCGGUUCGCCAACAACACACGCACGCUCGCUAAGUUAUUUCGCGCCUUCUCAUUGGACUAUCAAGCCUUCGCCUUCGCCGAUCUAUGUCCCUAGACAAAAGUUGAGGAGGAAGGACAGCCCUCGCAUGGAGACUCUGCGCACUCUUCGAGCCAAGGAGUCAGAUGCAAUGUUGCAAAAGGAAUACGACCAACAUUGGGAACAAUACCGCAACAAACUAUCCUUAAUGACCGGCGGACUAUUCUCUGCUGAGCGACUUUAACGACUACGAAUAACGAUUUUAACGACUUGAACAUGAAGGCAUCCACGGCGUCACCGGGCAUUUGAUUAUAAUACCCAGGGUUUGAAUAUUUGGGCGCAAUUCGAUGCAUUUGGGUAACCGAUCUGCUUUACACGGUCGCUUGCAUUCAGCAUAUUGGUACACACAUGUAAUCUAAUAGAGCACAGGGCCUUUCAGCCCUGGUUUGCAUUUCCAACACAUUCAUCGACGUCUCAGAGCGAUCGAGGGGCGCACAUGUC